CUGAAUAUAAGAAACCAAUGGUUAAUAUUACUUUACCAUCGAUGAGAUCAUUGUAUUAACACGUUUUAGUUGUUAGUCCUAUUAAUAGAUAAUCAAACAGUUAGUUAGUAUUACUUAUGAAAUCAAUUAUCACUCGUGUGUUGUCAACGGAUGAGAUGACCAUAGAUUUGUCGUUGAAAUGUCUUUAUUAACAUCAAAUCAAAUAACCCUUAAAGUUAGUUCAGUGCUUAACAAAGAUGUCAAACAAUUUGGAAAACAGUUUCUCUUGGAUGGCAAAGAGGACACCUGUUGGAACUCGGAUCAGGGAAGUGUCCAAUGGAUUGAUUGUCUACUCGAUCGCGAGUGUCGAUUAAGAAGUAUAUCCAUUGAAUUUCAGGGCGGAUUUGCUGCCAAACAAAUGACAUUCGAGUUUAGCGAUUCCGGCGACCAAUUGUUGACCCGAUGUGUCAAAUACGGCAAAGACUGCAAUGAUUUACAAACAUUUGAUGAUUUGCCCGAUUGUCGCGUCAAAUGUCUUAGGAUUGUAUUCAACGAGUUCUACGAUCUCUUCGGACGUAUUGUUAUAUAUAGACUGAAGUUAUUGGCCGACGAAUAAUGGGAUUAAAAGUUACUAAAAAAGUUUUAUCAAUAAAAUUAAUAUCAAUUUAUUGAUAACUAAUGUAUUUAAUAAUUUAUUUUUAUAUGACAU